CCGCGCUUGAGACUGUAUGUGAAAGGCUUCGCUUCAGUGAUACUAAUUGUGCCAAGUGUUGAGCAUCUGCUGAGGGUGAUGAUGGCGUCCUUGCAAACUGCGCAGAGCAGGGCUUUCUACCCCGCUUCAACGGGCUCCGUGCACAGCGUGGUAUUCCCAUUGCAGCGGCCAAGAUGUCUUUCUCGUUCGUGCAGAGUGCAGCAGAUCUACCGUCCUAGACGUACAGAUCUGGCAGUGAGAGCACUUGGGCCAGAUUCAUCCUCAGUACAAGCACAACCUGGACUAUCCCCAGAGUUGAAAGAUGCUCUGGAGAAAUUCAUAAAUUCGCACAAGGUGGUGUUGUUCAUGAAGGGCACGAAACAGUUCCCACAGUGUGGAUUUUCCAACACAUGCGUACAGAUCCUCAACACUCUCAAUGCACCAUACGAGACUGUCAACAUUCUAGAGGAUGAGAGGUUGAGGAGCGGCAUGAAGGAGUUCUCGCAGUGGCCCACCUUUCCACAGGUGUACAUCGACGGGGAGUUCUAUGGCGGCUGUGACAUCAUGAUUGAGGCAUACACGAAUGGCGAACUUGUGGAGACGUUGGAAGCUGCAGUCAAUUCAUGAGCAGCCCAGUGUCCUGCAAGACUGGUUGCCCUCGGGACAGGCUGCAAUCAUAGGUUAGAUGUCAAGCAGACGAUGACAGGAGUGAGGUGGAGAGAGCAGAGAUGAGUACGAAAUGAUCUUGAUUUCGUGGAUAUUCAAACUCAUAAUGAACAAUUUUACUUUGCAGCAGCAGGGUGCGAAUCUGGCAGCACCUUAUAUAUUGUGCCGCUUAGCAUGCUGGGAUCUGAUAGCUCCUGUGGAUCCAUUGGUUAUACACUUCAGAGGCCACAAUCUUGAGCGCCUUGCACUUUGCAAUUGCUGUUUAGUUGUAUUCAACAUUGCUGCUAAUUAUGACACUGUAAACAGGCUACACC